AUGUCUACCUCAAAUGCUCAAGCUGCUCGCAGGAAGGUUGUACACCAACUCGACACUCCUUUUUCCACAGUCUCAUGGCCUUCUAUCUCCACAGAAGACCAAGAUACCAUCCUCGAAUUGCUAUGCGAUUUGUUGAGCCCUAUUGGGCAGCAUCGUCAAAUGUAUGCUAAAUGCUCCAAGGGUAAGCGCGCAGCACAAAAGGAGAAAGAUGCAAAAAGGACAGGAGAUGGCUCAGAGCCGUCUCCUGUGCCUCCAACGCCAGAGAUAGAAGCCAAUAUUGAUAUCGGGCUUAAUUCUAUCACUCGAAAUCUCCAGUCAUAUUCGCGAAAGGUUACCGAAGCGACUGAGGACGAAUCUCAGCGGCAGUAUUCUAUGGUUUUUGUUACACGCGGCAACCAAGCAUCAACAUUUAACUGCCAUUUCCCGCAAAUGAUUGGAGCUGCAUCUGAGCAGCUGUCUAUAACUGAGAAGAUUCGUCUGGUAGGCUUCUCAAAACCAUGCUCCGAACGUCUGAGCACUUGCCUGGGAGUUCCGAGAGUGUCCUCUAUAGCUAUUCUGAAGGAUGCCCCGGGAGCCGGAGCCCUGCAGGAGUUUGUUAUGAAGGCUGUAGCCCCAGUAGAGGCAUCAUGGCUAAAUGCGUCUGUGGAUACAAAAUACCUUGGCCCAAAGAUCAACGCUAUCCAGACAACCGUGGGGCCUAAGCGCGUGCGGGUUGAGUAG